GCUAACUCCGGAAGCCGGGCUGGGGCUGCCGAGUCGCGCCGGGGCCCCGCGCUGCAGCGCCCGCCAUGGCCGAGAGGAUCGAGCAGCGCAUCGAGGGCCGCCUCCCGGAGCUAGAGCAGCUGGAGCGGGUCGGGCUCUUCACGCGCAAGGAGAUCAAGGCAGUCAUAAAGAAGGCCUCCGCUCUAGAAUACAAAAUUCAGAGGAGAGCGCUCCACAAGGAAGACUUUAUCAAUUACAUCCAGUAUGAAAUUAAUAUGUUGGAACUAAUCAAGAAAAGAAGAUCGCGCAUUGGCUAUUCCUUUAAGAAGGAUGAGAUUGAGUAUUCUAUUGUGCAGAGAAUACACGGGCUGUUCAAGCGUGCCACAGAAAAGUGGAAAGAUGACAUUCAGCUCUGGUUGUCACAUGUGGCUUUUUGCAAGAAAUGGAAUAAAAAAAACCAGCUUAGCAAGGUAUUUUCUGCUAUGCUAGCCAUUCAUCCGAAUAAGCCAGCAUUGUGGAUUAUGGCUGCCAAGUGGGAGAUGGAGGAACGCUUUUCGUCCGAAAGUGCCAGGCACUUGUUCCUUCGUGCCUUGCGCUUCCAUCCAGAGUCUCCAAAACUGUAUCAAGAGUAUUUCAGAAUGGAACUGAUGCAUGCUGAAAAACAGAGAAAAGAAAAGAAGGAGUUUGAACAAGCCAAGAUGGAUUUGGGCGAGUUCAGUUAUUCUGAGGAGGUUCUGAAUGGGGAAAUGGCUCGAAUAAUCUACAGAAACGCCUUUCAGAAAAUUAAAGGUGCUGAAUUCCAUCUGUCCUUGCUUUCAAUUGCAAAGCUUUUUGAUUUUACGCAAGACUUGCAAAAAGAAAUUCUUGAAAACUUGCAGGCCGAGCAUGCUGAUGAUCCCCUUACGUGGGACUUCAUGGCCCGUCGGGAACUGGAAAUGGAGACCUUGCCAUCCCCAGAAUGUUCAGCUAAACAGGCAGAGCGGUGCUGUGCGGUCUUCGAGGAGGCAGUGACAUCGCUCCCCAUGGGAGCCAUGUGGAAAUGCUAUGUCACUUUUUGCCUGGAAAGACUUAACAGGAAAACCAAUAGUGAGGAAUUGAGGCGGAAGAGGCUGGACAGGACUUUGAGUGUGUUCAGCAGAGCCCAUGAGGCCACCUUGCUCCCUGAGACGUUGUAUAAGCAGUGGCUUCACCUGUUACUGGAGUGUGACCUUUCUGAGAAGGCCACAGAGGUAGCUGCAGCAGCAACUGAACGGUUCCGCCAGUCAGUGGAAAUGUGGCAAACAAGACUGCAGGUGCUAAUCAAACUGAACAAGUCCGAUGUGGCCCGGUGUUUUGAGGAAGCCAUGAGACAAGUGAAAUCUAAGGACUGUUUGCCUUUAUGGGCUCUCUGGGUGGAAUGGAGCGAAGCAGCAAACAGCAAGGAAGACACAGAAGCCCUCUACCAGAGAUCCUUAAUUGUCACAACCCCCACUGACUCAAUAACCAUGAAAGAAAAAUACCUUGAUUGGGCCUACAGGAUUGGUGGUUACAGGAAAGCAAAGAAAGUCUUUACCAGCCUGCAUGAAAGUCGCCCCUUUUCAGUCGAGUUCUUCAGGAAAAUGAUCAAAAUAGAAAAGGAACAAGAAGCCUGCAAGAUGCUUAAUCUGAGAGAAUACUAUGAACGUGCCCUGAGAGAGUUUGGUUCUACAGACUCUGAUCUCUGGCUAGACUACGUCAAAGAGGAGCUAAACCAUCCCCAAGGCAAACCAAUAAACUGCGGCAACAUUCACUGGAGAGCUAUGAAGAUGCUAGAGGGAGAACUAGUGGAAACAUUUGUUUCCAAAUACACUUUGCUGCAAACUGGACACUUGUGAAAAAUGUUGAUUACGUUGAACUUGCAAACAUUUCUGACAGACUGUCAGAGCACGGAAUUUGCAGGGUUGGUUGUCUAAAUUUUUCUACAAGAUUCUGAAAAUAAAUAUGUUCCUGACCCAA